UCUUUCCAGAAGUGUAUUAGGGGGAGCAAGUCUUUGGAAAAACUGAGAGAAAAGGGGCAUAGGGUUUUGUUGUUGUGAGCAAUCCCAACUUUGAUUAUCGAAUCUCAAAAUUCUGAAUCCAAUUAGACAUUAACGACAACUAUGGUCUGUGAGAAGUGUGAGAAGAAAUUAACGAAGGUAAUAGUACCAGACAAGUGGAAAGAAGGGGCCAGCAACACUACGGAGGGUGGUGGCCGCAAGAUCAACGAGAAUAAGCUUCUCUCCAAAAAGAAUAGAUGGACCCCUUACGGAAAUACCAAGUGCAUCAUAUGCAAGCAGCAAGUGCAUCAGGAUGCCAAGUACUGCCACACCUGUGCUUACUCUAAAGGAGUCUGUGCGAUGUGUGGCAAGCAAGUUCUUGACACCAAGUUUUACAAACAGAGCAAUGUGUAGUGAAUGCUAGUACUGCACUGCUUCCCGCAUCUUCUUUUAGGUGCAUAAUAGGAUUAUCUUUCUUUCUGAUUGUUUGUUGAUUGCAUUGUCAAUGCAACUAAAAACUGUAAAAAACAAAUACAGUGAGUUUUUUCUUCUGUAUCUGACCUCUGUAAUGUACUUAGUGAAUGUAUGUUAUUUAUCCAAAA